AUGCCCAACCUACUCUUUCACAAACAACUGACGACGCGUCGGAGACCUCACCUCUAUUCCAAUGGGAAACCCAUCUCCCAAUGCUGGCACGAUACCUUGCGUGCUUUUCCAACUUUUUCACCAACUCACCACAACAAGACCUAUGCUCACCGUCUUCCUCCCCCUUUCAUUGAACAAACUCGUCACUGGGCUAACUACCACAGGCAUGGCAUCUUCUCCGACUCUGACAGCGUCAUUCACGGCGUUGGCUACGUGGCUCGUCGCACUCUCCUUCCUCUUUCCAACAGCCAACUAUGCCUCUCCUCUUGUCAUUGA